UGGCCCCCCCACACCAUGGGCCCCGUGUGGCCAUUGGCAGGGGAUGUGAUCUACCCUCGUGCCCCAGAUCCAUCCCCGUCCCGUCGUGUCGCCGCUCUCUGUCACCCUUUCCCUGUCCCCUCCCCAGCCCCCAUCGCCACCUCCAGCACCAUCUUCCAGCUGGGCUUCGAGCGGGCGCUGCGGAAGCAGAACAAGGAGCAGGUGCCCCCGGCCGCGGCCCCCGAGCCGCCGCAGCGCAGGCAGCACGCGGGCAAGAGCGGCAAGAAACCCUCGGGCCACGAGGCUGGGGCCAAACCGGGCCGGUGCCGCUCGCUGGAGGAAGCCCUGAAAGCCCUGGACCUGGCAGAUCUGCAGAAGGAGCUGGAGAAGAGCAAGAGCGUGUUCCCCGAGAACCCCUCAGUGUGGGUGAAGGACCUGGCUGGGUACCUCAACUACAAGCUGCAAGCACCCAGGAGUGACCCCGUGCUGAGCCAGCACCCCCACGACUAUCCGUACUGCCUGGUGAGCAAGGAGCUGAGGAGCAUCAUCCGCUCCCUGCUGGGAAAGGCGUCAGGCGUCCUGGAGCUCUUCUUUGACCACUGCAUCUACACCAUGCUGCAGGAGCUGGACAAGGCCUCAGGGGAGUCACUGCACGGGUACAGGAUCUGCAUCCAGGCGCUUCUCCUGGACAGGCCCCGCAUUGCCACCACCAACCUGGGCAAGUACCUGGAGGUGUUGCGCUCCCAGCAGACCCGGCCGGCCAAGUGCCUGACUGUCCUCUGGGCACUGGGGCAGGCCGGGUUCAGCGACCUCCACGAGGGCCUGAAAGUGUGGCUUGGAGUCAUGCUCCCGGUGCUCGGCAUCAAGUCCCUCUCACCGUACGCCGUUUCCUACCUGGACCGGCUCCUGAUGAUGCACCCCAACCUCACCAAAGGCUUCGGCAUGAUCGGCCCCAAGGACUUCUUCCCGCUCCUGGACUUCGCCUUCAUGCCCAACAACUCGCUGUCCCCCAGCCUGCAGGAGCAGCUGCGGCGCCUCUACCCCCGGCUGAAGGUGCUGGCCUUCGGCGCCCGCCCCGAGGCAGCCCUGCACACCUACUUCCCCUCCUUCCUGUCCCGAGCCACGCCCGCCUGCCCAGCCGCCAUGAAGGAGGAGCUUCUGACCUCCAUGAGCCAGUGCCUGAGCCUGGACCCACUGACCUUUGGCGUCUGGAGGCAGCUCUACACCAAGCACCUAGCUCAGUCCAGUUUGCUGCUGAACCACCUCCUGGAGUCCUGGGAGAGCAGCAGCAAGAAGGUGCAUCAGUCGCUGCAGGAAACGGUUCGCUCCUUCAAAGUGACAAACGAGGAGCUGGCAGCCAGGGGGACUGGAGGGGACCAGGAUGUGGCCGCCUGUGACGCUGCCUGCAAGGAGCUGCUGCACAAGAUGAGGGGCCGGGGAUUCCCCUGGUCACGCCUGCUGCUCGUCCUGCUGGCCUUCGCUGCUGGCUUCUUCCUGCACGACGUGCAGACACACGGCUCCUUCCAGGCCUCGUCUUCUGCUCAGCUGCUCCGCUCCUCAGGCGUCCUGCCUGCCUCCCAGCUGGCCUGGCAGAAGGUGUCCCUUGGCUGCCUGGAGGGGUACAGGUGGCUGGAGCACAGCCUGGCCCACCACGGUUCUGUGGCUGUGUCCAUGCUGUGGCCACAGCUGGAGCUGCUCUGGAAAACGAGUGGUGAGAUGGCCUGGGAUGUGUCCCAGCAGUGCUACUCCCUGCUCUCCUGGCUCCGUGGCAACCUGCCCUGGCUCAGUGACUGGCUCCAGACCCGGCUCCCCGAGGCGCUGCUGCACUUCGCCGAGUGCGUGCGGGAGCUGCUGCUGUUCCUGCUGCGGAGCUGCCUGCUGCCCCUGCUGCAGGGCCUGGCUGCAGUGCUGCAGCGGGGCUGGCAGAGCUGCCUCGACUCCUGCAAGUGA